CUUCGCCGAGGGGCCUCGGCCUCAGCCUCAGGCAGCCCCAGGCAUGUUGCGCUGGUUGCUCGCUGUCAGUGCUGUCGCUGUCGGUGGGUUCGCAAUCGACCAAACAACCUCGCAGCCAAGCAACUGCCAGGACGUGGACGAUUCUGCCGUCGCGCAGCACGCUGAGAGUCUCGGGCUUGUCGGCAUCGCGAGCUGCCACGACGUCGCCGAGAAUGGGCUCUGUAAUCACGCAGACGCCGUAACCGGAUGCUGCGCGACGUGCUGGCACAGGCGGCGCAAGCUGCAGUGGGGCGGCCCGGACCGGUGCCAAGGCUCGGGCGCGCCGGUCCAUUCGGCGACCUGUAGUGUCAGUAUCUUCGGCGGCUGCUCUUUUGGAGACUUUGACAAAGACAUUCAAGGGUGCAAGGAAGGGCAAUCCUCUGGCAAGGACGAGCCCGACUACGGGCCGUGCUGCACCAACUACGCAUGCACACAAACGCGCCGCGACACAUACACAACUCAGUGCUACAGCCAAGGGUGCAUGCCCACAACAAUCUACACCAGCAACUACAAGUGCGAAUGGAAGGGCUACCCGAGCCCGCCGCCGUCGCCCCCGCCGCUGCCGCCGCCGCUCGAAGUCAUCACCCCGGAUGUCGUCCCGCACGUUGCUUCCCAAGUGGAGGCUUGCACCGACGGAAGCUGCGUGGUGGAAUGGAAGGAGGUCGCCCAAACCCUGGUGUGCAGCAGGCGUUGAUCGAUCUCGCGCAGAUGGAGGCGAACAAAAUGAUUGACGAGGAAAUCACCAAGGCGUUCGGCGACGACUCGGUCAGCUUCGAGCAGAGCUCAAAGGAGAAGCGGUUGUUGAUCGGGACCCAAAUCUCGUCCAUGGCGUUGCAGCUCCACAUUACUACACGGCAGCUCUGCCAGUCGUACGCCUAUCAGACGACGCGUUUCUACCAGCAGUGUGUCGUUGGCAGCAUCGGUUCCAAGGGGGUUGGUGGCAACCCGCUUGAUGCACUGUGCGGCGGCUUCUUGGAAGGAACGGCCUACUUCAGGCCAUUCCAGAAGGACCCCGACGUUUCGAUCGAUGAGUUUGUGGACUACGCAAAGACCUACGUGGAGGGCCUCGAGACGAUGUUCUCGCAGGCAUCGAUUGUUGAGAAGUGCGUGAGCGAGAACGUGUGAGCGGCGGCCAGUCUACCGAGGCGUCGUUCGCCCUUCGUGCGCCUUGUCGGUCUCUGCCCGGGUCUCCCUCUCUUUCCGGGAUUUUCAUUCCCUGCGAGCGAUUUGACACAUGACUCAUUAGGGCGUCUCUCUGCCGGGCCUCCCCGCUCCAGAGGACCUCCCCAUGCACGGCCAGCAAGACGGCGCGUCCAGGCCUCGGAGCGCCGCCGGAAGAGUCUCGGACAUCCCUCGCGGCAGCGCGCCACCGAGUCUCAGAACUGUCUCGGAAGCGUCUCGGCGGCGCGUCACCGAUGUUUGGGCGAGCUCGCUGGUGAGGGGUGGGCGGCUUCGAGCCGCCGCCCGGCCGCUCUCAGGGUGCUUCGAGCCGCCGCGACGCUCUGUAGAGGGUGUAGAGUGUGGAGCACUGUUAGAGCUGUAGAGCUGUAGAGCGCUCUGGAGCGCUGUAGAGCUUUUGAGAGCUCUACACAUCGCUCCCGGUCCCGCGCGCUGACGUUGGCCGUCCACCACUCUACUCGCUUCGGUGACCAUGUCACCCUUCAUGUCCUUAGGCACGACGCCAGCGGUCGCCCCGCGUCGGCCCACGGGGGGAAAGCCGGCUCCGCCGCGGGGGCAGCCACGUCCGGCCACUUCUUCGCGCCGCACGCGGAGGAGGCGGAGGCGCCCGUGCUCGAAGCCAGCGACGGCGAGGUGCGCCGCUUCUUGGCGCGCCACUGCGGGGUCCAUUUCGACGAGCGCCGACUGGAACGCCGCCACCGGACGGGCCGAGGCCAGCUGCAGCUCCGGCGGUGGCGGUGGCGGGGACCUUCCCGAUCGGGCGGAGCGAGUGGAGCGCAUCAGCAGGGGCGAGUUUGGCACCGUGCAGCCUUCCGCGAGGCGGGCCGGCUUCGAUCGACCGGUGCGCAAGACGGCCAACGAGCAGUACUUGGUCGCUGCCGGCCUGCCCGACCCAACCCGCCUCCCGGACCCGCACGACCGCGCGGCGGCGGCGGCGCGCGUCCCCGCCGCACCGACACCGCCUAGACACACAGUCUCCGGGGGCGACCGGCUCAGCUGCUUGCGCCGUGCGGGAGCUCAGGCCGGCUUCGGCUUCGCGAUAAUCAACGUCAUGACCGUCGAGCUGCGUGCUGAGGCGCCGAGGGCGCCGCAGCUCACCGUGCAGGUGGGCAUCGACUUUGGUUCCGCCAUCGCGGGCGUGAUCGGGCACAAGACCUACCAGUACGACUUGUGCGGCGACGCCGUCAACACCGCCGCCCGCAUGUGCUCCGGCUCGGAGCCAGGUCGUGUCCACGUGUCGCAGGAGGCGUACCGGUAUCUGCGCGGCCGGUUCGGCGCGAAGAGCCGCGGCCCACGCUACUACAAAGGCAAGGGCGAGAUGUACACUUACUUCCUCGAGAACGCGCCUGGGGCUCUGCCGGAGGAGGCCACACCGGCGCCUGCCGACGCGGCCGAGGCGAUCUACUAGCUCACAAUGAAUUACGGUAUGCCGAUGCGGUGGCAUCUCGGCCGUCGCUUGUUUUGACUUUUGUUACCUUUUUCUGUGGUC